AUGCUUGGCCGUAAAUUCUGUGGGCUCUCAACGCCUAGUAACCUGGACGAGCUGGCCGUGGUUCUGGACAACACAGACCUGGCCUUCAGACUGCUGCAGCUCUACGGCACUCCAGAUAACAUUGAUGUGUGGAUGGGGGGCGUGGCUGAACCCUUCGUGCACGGGGGCCGCGUCGGGCCUCUCUUCACCUGCCUCAUCGCCACCCAGUUCCAGAGGAUCCGCCAGGGAGACAGGUGUGUGUGUGUGUGUGUGUGUGUGUGUGUGUGUUUGUGUGUGUGUGUGUGUGUGUCAUUGCCUGACCUGCAUCAAGUAAGGUAUUUGACAUAGCACUGCCACUUUUUAAAGAUCCAGUGUGUGUUUCUCUGUUAGAGUAUGUCUCAUAUUGCUUGUUGAUCCCCAGGCUGUGGUAUGAAAACCCAGGCGUCUUCACCUCGGCACAGAGGAAUGCCCUGAGAAAUGCCUCUCUGGCCCUGAUCAUCUGUGACAACACUGGCAUUACAGCCGUGUCCCGUGACCCCUUCAGCAUCCCGGGGGAGGGAACACACCCAUCAACUGCAACAAGGUCCCGAAAUGAAACCUUAGAGCCUGGAAGGAGAGCGCUUCUAUGGCCGAUCAGGAGCAGCAGGAUGAGGAGCCGGAUCAGGAGCCGUCAGAACAGGACAACGAGGUAACUGAUUGAACUUCAAUAUCAGUUAAGGUGACAUUUAAUCCAUCCAUAACCCAUCCACCCAUCUCUCCAUCCACCCCUCUCUCCAUCCAUCCUUCUCUCCAUCCCCUCCUCUCUCGUCCCCUCCUCUCUCCAUCCCCUCCUCUCUCCAUCCCCUCCUCUCUCGUCCCCUCCUCUCUCCCUCCCUCCUCCUCCACUCUCCAUCCCCCUCCCUCUCUCUCCCAUCCUCUCUCCAUCCCCGCGCUCUAUCCCCCAGCUUCCAUCCCCUCCAAUCUCUCGCCCCGCCUCUCCUCCCUCCUCUACCCCUACUCUCUCAUCCCCUCCUCUCAAUCCCUCCUCUCUCCUCCCCUCCUCUCUCGUCCCCCCUCUCCAUCCCCUCCUCUCUCCAUCCCCCUCCUUUCUCCUUCCCCCUCCCUCUCGUCCCCAUCCUCUCCCAUCCCUCUCCCUCAUCCCUCCUCUCUCCCUCCUCUCGUCCCCUCCUCUCUCCAUCCCUCCUCUCUCCAGACAUCAUCCUCUUUUUCUCUAUUCCUCUCUAGAUCUGAUGUGAUGUGA